UAUGUGGACCGUAAUUUAUAAUUCUUUACAAUAGUUUGUUUUUUGAUCGUUAUUGUGGUUCAGUUCGUGAAGCCUGCGCAGCAGAUUUGCGCAGUUAAACUCUUGAAUAUAUCCGUCAUCUGUGGUGGUAAGGUGAUAGACCGAAGCAAGAUAAGAGCUAUUGAGAUGUUCAGCUUUCAUAAGCCAAAAGUGUACCGUUCGUCGACGGGCUGUUGCAUAUGCAGGGCGAAGUCUAGUAGCUCAAGGUUUACAGAUAGCAAGAAAUAUGAAGAUGACUUCAUGAACUGUUUUCAGCUCCAUGAGCGUCGCUCUGGAGAAAUAUGUAAUGCAUGUGUGUUGUUGGUAAAGAGGUGGAAGAAGCUGCCUGCAGGCAGUGAACGUAAUUGGCGCCAUGUUGUAGAUGCACGUGCUGGUCCAGGGACCAAAUCUCUAACUAAAUUCAAGUCCAAGAACAAAAAGAAGUUGAAACUAAAACCUGACAGUAUACAAAAGGUUGAGAAAUUCAUGAAAAAGAAGCACAUAUAUAUGAAGAAUGAUCGAUUAGGUCGUGAAGAGAGUCCAGGAGCUCUGAGUGAUGACAUCACAGGUGAAGACUUCAUGUCUGAUAUGAGUGCAAUGUGCAUACCGUCCAGUCUGGCUUCCAGUCCCACACCUAGUGAUGAUGCAACUGCCGUAUGUUCAGUUAAACAACGCAAUAAAUCAGUAUCCCCACAUCGGUCUGAGAAGGGCGGCAAACGGCGACUUUCACCACCAGCCAUUAGUAGUUUCCUAGAUAUGUCCUUCUGGAAAAGGGAAAAAGUUUGUUGCGGCACGAUCUUCAAAGGACCUUAUGGUGCUAUAGUAAUAGAUCCUCGAUUUCUGAAGCCUUGUCAUGGAUGCAAGACUAAUCAGCAAGAAAAGACAGCACUUGCAGUUGCUGGUAUGGGCCAUAGUAAUGGUGACAAUACUCCAGAGGAUAGCAGCAGUGGUAUUAAAGAUAGCAAACUAGCUAAAACAUACAGUGAUUCAUCCUCAGACUCUGGUUAUGAUGAGUCUUCAAAUCAGGGUGUAGCUGAGGGUAGUCAUCAAAGGUCCAAUGCUACAGGCAGGAGUGCAGGGCGAGAAGAACCUGCUACAGUAUCCAAUCCUCUGGCAGAGUUUGCAAUGCAUGCAGCAAAUCGGUGCCAACAAGAAGUUGGAGAAAAACCUAAUUAACGAAAAUUUGCAUGUAGAAUCUUCUUAAUUUAUUACCUUAUUAAUGAUUUUGUAAUCAUAAGAACUGUUCCAGAUGCCAAUCAAUCAGUGUUGGGUCCAAAAUAAAGGCAUGUUUUUCUUU